AUGGCGGAGGCUGACAAUAUUUCCACGUUUAGUGUUGAUGGUGGUCAAGACACCGUUGGUCUGCCUCGUAUUGUGAUGGUCACUGAAGGAUCAGAUACGUCGGCUUCUUCUGCUUCGUCUACCUCAUCAUCUGAGGACAACUGGGCUGAUCUGAUCAAAUCCUCAGAAAUACCUCCGGAAUAUUGGCAUAUUCAGAAACUAGUUAAGUAUAUGAAGGCUGGCAACCAAACUGCUACAAUGGUUGCUUUAUCUUGCCUUAAAGACCACGAUCUUACUGUAGAGGUUAAUCAAAGAGCAAUACAGGAGAUCGGCGGCUUGGAACUUUUAGUAAAUCUACUUGAAACCAGAGAUUUAUGCUGUAUCUUAGGAGGUUUAGCAGUGCUUAAAGAUAUAACACCAAAUAUUGAAAUUCGUAAAAAAGUAACUGAUCUAGGAGCAAUCCCUUUACUGGUAGGUCUGUUGUCAGAUCCUGCAAGAGAUGUUCAAAUUUUAGCCGCAGAGACAAUUGCCAAUUUGGGUAGAAUUCGUAAAAGCAGAAAGUUUUGCAGAAAAUUUGGUGGAAUACCGAAAUUAAUUGACUUAUUAGAUAUCAAAGAAAGGUACCUCGUAACAUCAAAAGAAGAGUUAAAUCAAGAUGAGCUACAGUUUCUAGACAUAGCACGUGCUGGCGCCAAGGCACUAUGGUCGAUGUCUUCUUCCCAAAGGAAUCGUGAAGCAAUGAGAAAAUAUGGUAUGAUUCCUCUCAUCGCGCGUAUACUCAAGACUAUUCAUUUGGACGUUGCAGUCCCGGCGGUUGGUCUCUUACAACUAUGCGCUAAUGAAAGUUCCUUUCAACUUGCUAUACAGACCGAGAAGAUGGUCGGUGAUUUGAUAAAACACUUAGCAAAUGAGGACAAGGACUUGAAGACAUACUGCAGUCUAGCUAUUUACAAAUGCGCAAGUGAUGCUAUAACAAGAGAUAUGAUACGCGAAGCAGGAGGACUUGAAUUAUUAGUAGAAGCUGCUCAAGAUUCCACAAAUAGAGCUAAUAAGCCGUUAAUGGCCGCAGUUACUGGUGCACUUUGGAAAUGUGCAAACAGUGACGCUAGCGUAAAGAAAUUAGACCAUUUAGGAGCAGUUCCAAUUCUGGUAAGGCUAUUAGAUGAUGAAAACGAUGGAGUACUUACUAAUGUAGCGGGAGCUCUAGCUGAAUGCGCUAAAUACCCGCCUAAUCGUGACAAGAUUAGAAGUGCCGGUGGGAUCCCUAUGCUUAUACAUCAUUUGAACAAUACUCAUAAGCCAUUACUAGAAAACGUUCCACUGGUGUUGAUGGAGUGCGCUAAAGAGCAAAGUUGUAUGACGGAAAUUGACGAAUUGGACGGUGUACGGCUUAUAUGGUCACUCCUGAAAAAUGACUCAAAGAAAGUGCAAACCAACGCAGCAUUAGCAUUGAGCCCAUGUGUACAAAACGCAGCGGAUUCAGGUGAAAUGGUCAGAUCUUUCGUUGGAGCUUUGGAGCUAACAGUGGACCUAUUAGACUCUGAUGACCAUAACGUACUAUCUGCGGUUUGUGCAGCCAUAGCCACAAUCGCACGCGAUCACGAAAACUUGGCUGUAAUCUCUGAUCACGGCGUUGUAGCAAAACUUUCGAAACUUGUGAGUACAACAGACGAUCAUCUCCGGGCAAAUCUUGGAGUCGCGAUUGCGUAUUGUUGCGAUUGGGCUCAGAAUCGUCAGGAGUUCGGCAAGCGAGGCGCUAUCACGCCCCUCGUUAACUACAUGACGUCGCGGGACCCGAAUGUGCACAGAGCAACCGCUUUGGCUUUGUACCAUCUAUCCUUCUAUUCAAUCAACUGCGUAACGAUGCAUGCGGCUGGUGUGGUUCAAUUCUUGCUGGAGACGAUCGGCUCUAAAGACCCCAUACUCCAAGAAGCAUCGGCCGGAUGCUUGUGUAACAUACGAAAACUGGCGCUAGCGACGGAAAAGAUUAAAUUGAAACAAUAAAUUAUUUGUCAUACUAUAUAAUGUAAUAUGCUUUCACUUAAAACUGUUAUGUAAAUUUGGAAAUGCUAUAUAUGUUAAUCUGUUGUUCGUUCAAAAGUAGAAAAAUAUAGAUAAAUAAGAU